UGUGUGUGUGUGUGUGUCCACUUUGACAACAUGAUGGCGACGAUUGUCUCAGGAAUGUGUUGACGUGAUUACUCGUCGCCGAUCGUAUCGACGUGUUCCGAGCGAAAUGAUGAUGAUCCGUGCGAAACAUGUUCGUUAAUUGCAAUUGUGUCGCGUGUGAUUAUCUCGAAGAAACAAGUAGCAAAUACACGAAUGAUAAACGAUCGGAAUAAUCUCACGGAAUAAUAUUUGUGCACACACAGACAAGCGCGGAGACAAGACAGUUCUCUCGUAAAGAUCGUGGACUGCGUCAGUUUAAUGUUAUUGAUUGUUUUUGUAUAAUGACUUACGCGUCGAUGAGCACGGUUGACGAGAGAAACAAUAAGGCGUCACUAAUGAAGUACACGGUCUUGUUCCUGAGCGUUAUUGUGAUUCUCGAGUUAACGUCACUGACUGUCGCGAGCGAUACCUUGGGUGACCCAUAUAAGAUAUUAGGAGUAACAAAAUAUGCCACUAUACAGGAGAUUAGAAAGGCGUACAAACAUCUGGUCAAGGAAUGGCAUCCGGAUAAAACGGAUCACCCGCUAGCUGAAGACAAGUUUGUGGAAAUAACAAAAGCUUACGAGCUGUUAACUGAUCCCGAGAGAAGGAGAAAGUUUGAUAAUCACGGGAUAACUGAGGAGGGUAUUCCCAGGCAAAGGAGAGACAGUAGUCACUUUAAUGUUCUUGAUCCUCUAGAAGAAUUAUUUGGCAGUAAUUUUAAAUUUCAUUAUCAAUCCAGAGACAUCUCGUUGUUUCACAAAAUGAGUAUCACAUAUCGAUCCUUCGAAAACGUAAUAAUACCAAAGACUUAUCGUAUGCCGUAUUUAAUUUUGUUUUAUUCCGACUGGUGUUUCGCGUGUCUGCAAGUGGAACCUACUUGGAGACGUUUGAUCGAUGAGUUAGAACCUUUGGGACUCGGCUUGGCCACGGCGCAUGCUAAAAAAGAGUCCACUUUAGCGAGAAGACUCAGCAUUCACUCGCUUCCGUGUCUUGUUGUUACUGUGGAAGGGCGCACUAGUAUUUACAAAGAAUCUAUGUUUAGCAUUCAAAAAGUUGUUGAAUUUGUACGAAGUAGGCUACCGUAUAAAUUAAUAAGUUCCAUUACCAAUACAAAUGUAGAAAACUUCUUGUCGGGAUGGGCGGAUAAUCGGAUUCGCGCUUUGAUAUUUGAAAACAGAGACUUUAUCCGUCUGCGAUAUUUGCUGACAUCUUUUUAUUACAGAGAUAGAGUAGCCUUUGGAUUUGUCAAGAUCGGCGUACCUGAGACUGAAAAUAUAACAUCAAAAUACAAAAUCUCAGGAGAAUUAGAUACUUUGCUUCUUUUUAAUGAAAAUUCUGAGAAACCCAUGGCGUCUGUUAGCAUGAAAGAUAUUUCUAGUGAAACUAUGCACAAUGUUAUUGCUAACAAUAAGUUUCUCGUAUUGCCAAGGCUCUCAAAUCAGGCUAUGCUGGACUCCAUAUGUCCGCCUGAGUGGUUGAGACCACAAAAGCGUUUAUGCGCAGUUUUGAUAUCGCAACAAAACGAUCCUCUUCAUGAUAUGGCUAGACACAAAUUUAGGAAAGCAGCAUUAGAAUCCUCGUACAGCACGGAACGUGUCAGAUACGCAUACGUAUUCAAAGACACGCAACCUGAAUUUGUAUCGGCACUUUCUGCUGGCGAAGGCAGCCCGCUGGAACCUUUGUUACAUAUUGUCAUUAUCUGGAGACGAGAUGCCAAUCACUUGAAGUACGAAUGGCUUCCUCACGGAUGGGUUGAAGCUGUUCAGGACGAUCGUGUGUGGAACGAAACGCGUAGACAUUUAGAGAAAACUAUACAGAAGUUGUUGCGUGCCACUGAAGCACUACCGUACGCUGCAGUCGUAGGGGAAUUGACAGAUGAACACGCCCAGGGCACUGUAGACCGAUUAAUAGGCAGAGCAUUAUUAGCGGUAGAUUAUAUAUCCGAUAAUCUAACGAAAGAACAAAUUUUACCUUUGAUAUCGGUGCUAGCAACUCUUAUGCUAAUCGGAGCUGCAGGGUAUGGAAUGUCAUACCUAGCCAAACAAGAAGAAGCAAGUGUUCAGGCCGAACGUGCUCAAAGCAAGGACAAUCCCAAGUCGCUUCCUUCACAACCGCAAUUGCGGUUACAUGAAUUACGCGUGGAGAAAUACAACGGAUUAGUUCGGCUGUUAAAACCAGGUUGUCGAACUAUCAUAUUGCUGGUGGACGCUCAAAGUCGAUUGAAGUUAUUACCAGCUUUUCACAAAGCUGUAUGGCCUUAUAGAAAGAAUAAGACACUCAUGUUCGCACACAUGUCGCUAGAGAAAGGUCUUGAUUGGUACAAGAAAUUAUUGUCUCUCACUUUGCCCGAUCAGAAGGAAUUAAAUAUAAAUGCCAAGAAUUGCGUAGGCACUGUCUUGUCAUUGAAUGGGCAUCGGAAGUAUUUCUGCAUGUACCACGCCAAACAUCCCGAGUGUAUGAGGGAUAAAGGUUCUAAGCGUAUUGAGAAAAUGGCUAAGCGGCUUGCCCAAAAACCGGAAGACCCGGAAGCCGGCGCUUUUAUCGGUUUCGACAGUUCCGAAUCCGAUAUGUCUCAAGAAGAGGAUGAAAGCAAUGUUUUGUAUCAAGAAAACCUUUUGGAUGGGUUACCAAUGUGGCUUGAUAGAUUGUUUGAAGGAUCAACACAUCGUUAUUAUAUAAAUUACUGGCCCGAGUUCACUGCCAAGUAAAGGGAAAGGGAACUAUGCGUUAUUUGAGACAUGUAGGAAAGACUGUGCUGUCUAAGACACGUGUAUCUCAAAACACUGUUAUUUACUUUGGCAUCACUGAGGCAAAUGCAAGUUGGCUAUUUGAUGUGAUAAACCAUAAGCGUUGACAGCAAUCCUUUUCACUUCGAUAAAAGAAGAUAAUUCGAAGUUGCCAACCUUCAAAAUCUUGUAAGACUUUUUACUUCAUUACGAAUUGACGCAACGCUCACAAAUAUUUAUAUUUUAAGGAACAUCCAUUGUUUUUUCAGAUCGAUCAUUAGAUCUAAAGAUAAAAAAACAAUCAAAAUAAAUUUGUAGAUAUCACAGUCUUCCCUAUACUCUUAGUGAAAAAAAAAGAAAAAAAAAAAAGAAAAACAAAAACAAAGUUUGCCUAGUCAGUAGAAUAUUAUUGUCAUUUGGGAUAUACUGUGAUUCUCUCUCCGAGUGGACACAGACACGCGCGUUCCUGUAUAAAGAUAAAAAAAAAUAACAUAUUCAUUACUUACUAAGUACUGUUUAUAAAUCUAUUUACAGUUUCCUGCAUUUUAACGUUUUUAAGAUUUAUAUAUGUAUAUAUGUAUAAAAUUCGAGAUUUUAUAUACAUAUAUAUGUAUAUAUAAAAUCAGAGAGUAAAGAGAAAAUUAUAUAUACCAUCGUUCUUUGGAACCAUAGACUAAUGUUUUCUGUAUACUAUUUUAUCUGUUAUCUUAUAUAUAUAUACAUAUAUAUAUAUUUAUAUUUAUAUAUAUUAUACAUAUAUAUAAUAUAUAUAUAUAUAUAUAUAUAUAUAACUCAAAUUACUCUCUUUCUAUAUCUCAAAAUUGCUUGCAACUAACUAGUCAACAUUAUUGAGAACUUAGCAGUAUUUAUAUAUUGCACAGUGUAAGCAAAUAGAUUUAUAUUUCCGCGACUGGAACUACGGAAUCGUAAGUCUCGCAUGUGCGAUGUUUGUAUACGUUGUAACUUCUCACAACACGAGAAGAAUCGCUAUUUUAAAUGUCUUGAAAAAAUAUUCAAGUCUACACAUUACAUACGUUUAUAAUAUAUAAAAUUUUAAGAUGCGUAUUUCUGUCGCUUGUUCACUUCGUUUUAUCUAUUUUACACUGAACGUUUUACGAAUUCGAAUAUGAGUAACACGUAUAUCUAUUUACAGAAUUUAUACUUUCCAAUAUAUGUAUGUAUAUAUAUAUAUAUAUGUAUUUUUGUGUAGGUAUAUAUAUAUGUAUAUAUAA